AGCCGGCGUUCCUCUCCUCCAUGUCGAACAGCCCACGCUCCCCUCCGCCAGCCGACUCCGACGACACCGGCGACGUCGGCGAUGGCCGCCGUCUCUCUGCCGAGGAGAUAGCUGCUGCCGCAGCCGCCACAUCUCCUUCCGCGGCCUCUGCAGCGCGCCCUCGUGCGUCCAUUACCCCCGACCUCACCUCCUCCGGCGCCUUGACCCACCCACCCAAUUCCCACCCCGAAAUACCUCUUUCCGUCCCUCUCACCGCUGCGCCCGCCAGCGGCCUUCCCUCCAGCAUCACGCACGUCGUCGACUUCAAGCUGUCCCUAGACGGGGCCAAUUUCAUCCGGUGGCGAAACUAUCUGAACCUCCUCUUCGCCCGCUUCCACGCCGAGGACCACGUCCGCGACGGCGCCGCGGCCCGUCUCUCCAACCCCGCAUGGCGUGAUGACGACAACACGAUCGUGCUGUGGUUCUUCUCCACGAUCGCCGGCGACCUCCUCGACAUCGUCGCGCCGGCCGGCUCCACCGCCUACACCAUCUGGCAGCGCCUCCACGAGUACUUCCUGGAGAACGAGGCGGAGCUCGCCAUGCACCUCGGGCAGGAGUUCCGGGCGGCUGUACGCGGCGACCUCUCCAUCAAUGAUUAUUGCCGCAAACUCCAAGGUAUUGCCGCAGCACUCGCUGACGUUCGGGAGCCGGUCACCGACCGUACUCUCACUCUACAGAUGCUAGAUGGCCUCGGCAAGAAAUUUGAGCUGCAGGCGGCCAUCCUCCAGUCCACCGUCCCGCUGCCCACGUUCGCUCAGGCCCGGUCGCGGCUGGUGCUCGCCGAACUCGCCAUCGACAAGAAGGCGCGUGCUGAGGGUGCGCAGGUCCUUGCCGUGCACUCCCCCGACGAGCGCGGUGGUGGUGACCGCAACGGCGGCCGUGGUGGCGACCCAGCUGCGGGCGGUGGCCGUGGCGGUGACCGCGGCCCUGCUGGAGGCGGUGGCCGUGGCGGAUCACCACACGGCGCCAACCGCAACGGUGGCCGUGGUGGGCGCGGGCGUGGCCGCGGCCGCGGGCGUGGUGACACGCCAAGUGGGGGCGGUCGUGGCUAGCAGCAGCCAUGGCUGGGGUACUUCGCGCCCGUGGGGAUGCCCUUUCCACCUCCGCGAUCGCCCUGGAUCCCUCCCAAUUCGGCCGGCAUCCUUGGCCCUCGCCCCGGCGCCCCCACCCAUGCAUAUCCGGUGAUGCAGCACCCCACUCCGCCCGUCCUCUACUCCGGCACGCCACCCUCCUGGGACACCACGGCGAUGUAUCAUGCUGCGCCAAGCUAUGGGGCGGCCUUCCCACCUCACGCCGACUGGAUCAUGGAUACAGGCGCCUCUUCCCACGUCACCGGGGACCCAGGAUCUUCGAACCAAGGCGGUCCUUCUGAGGUGCAAUAGCUCUGGUGACCUCUACCGCUUCUCCGGCGGCCGUGGCGACACUCCUCCGGUGGCCUUCACCAUUUCUCCGUCGGAUCUUUGGCAUCAAAGGCUCGGGCACCCGAGCUCCUCUUCCUUAGUUUAUUUUCCCUUUGAUGUUUCCCCAACAUGUAAUAAAGUUCCACCGUCACCAUUAUGUACCGCUUGCCAAUUGGGCAAACAUGCACGCCUACCCUUCCCCACCUCUUCCUCCUAUACCACUGCACCUUUUCAACUGUUGCAUUGUGACUUGUGGACCUCUCCAAUAGUUAGUUUUUCGGGUUACAAAUAUUAUCUUGUCAUUUUGGAUGAUUACACGCAUUAUUCCUGGACUUUUCCCCUACGUGCCAAAUCCGAUACUUGUGUCACUUUGCGACGCUUCUUCUCCUUCAUUCUUACUCAAUUUCAUGUUCUUGUGCAAUGCUUGCAAUGCGAUAAUGGCGGCGAGUUCCUCACCACUUCCCUUCGCGAUUUCUUCUCCACUAACGGCAUCUCCUUCCGGCUCACGUGCCCCCAUACCUCUCCGCAGAACGGCAAGGCGGAGCGCCAUAUACGCACCACUAACG